AUGUCUGGUUCUACAUACGAUCAUCUGGUGAGGCAGGUCCAAGCCCUGAAGAAGGAGAACUGCCACCUACGCCGGGAACUGGAGGACAACUCGAGCCACUUGUCCAAGCUAGAGGUGGAGACCUUGGAUAUGAAGGAGAUGCUCAGGCAGCUACAGAACAAGCUGGAGAGUGAGGCUUCCAGCCUGACCUCCAGCGCGAAGAGCGACAUCCUGGACCAGCUGAAAGAGCUGAACGCAGACGUCGCCAAUCUCUGCGACAUCGAUUGGCCUUCGGGGCAGCAGGGGUUCGGGGUAGUGCCGGCGGCUGAGGGAAGCCAAGGGAACUCUGGCGUGCGACAGAGGCACGGGUUCGCGGCUGUCGCGGGGAACAGCGGCGAGCGCAUGGAGGAGCUCAACAAAGAGAGGGAGUUGCUCCUUUUGGAGAUUGAGAAGGAGGAGAAAGAGAAGCUCUUCUAUUCCACGCAAAUCCAGAACCUCGCCAGGCGGGCUGACGACCUCUCUCAAAUCAAGACGGUUUCAAAGGAGAUGGAUUUGAUUCGACAACAGCUUCAAUUUGAGGCUCAUCAGAUCCGAGCGAUCAUUGAGGAGAGAUACGGGACCAGCGAUAAGCUAACCCGACAAACCCAGCUGCGAAUGAACCGAAUCCAACAGAUUGAGAAGGACAUUGAAUCGCAGCAGAAGGUCCAACAGAACAAUUUAGAGGAAUGUCGUAUGUCAACCGAUCGAGAGACUGAAAGAACGAUGGAUAAUUUGCCUCAAGGACUCAACAUCUUGGGCAGUAAGGUAGAGAUGGUGUUCUGGCUGCUGUCGAUGUUGGCAACCCGUGACAAGGACGACAUGUCGAGGACGCUGCUGGCGAUGUCCAGCUCUCAGGACAGCUGCGUGGCCAUGCGCAAGUCGGGCUGCCUCCCCCUGCUCAUCCAGCUGCUGCACGACUGCGAGAGGGACACGGGGCCCGACAGGACCUCCCGCUGCAACAAGGAAGCCCGAGCCCGGGCCAGCGCAGCCCUGCACAACAUCAUCUACUCGCAGCCCGACGAGGGGCAGGCCAAGAGGGAGAUGCGCGUCCUGCACGUGCUGGAGCAGGUGCGGUCGUACUGCGAGACCUGCUGGGACUGGCUGGACGUCAACCAGCCAUCGGCCGACCCAGGAGCCGGCAGCCGUGAGUACAAUUCCUUCUUCCCGGCCGUGAAACCUUAGACAAUCCCGCUGCCCAUUGAGCCGCAGAUCUGCCAGGCCAUGUGCGCCAUCAUGAAGCUCUCCUUCGACGAGGAAUACAGACGAGCCAUGAAUGAACUCGGUGGUCUCCAGGCGAUUGCUGAGCUGCUGCAGGUCGACUGCGAUAUGUACGGAGGCACCAACGACCCUCUGAACUCGGCUCUGCGCCGCUACGCGGGGAUGGCUCUCACCAACCUCACGUUCGGGGACGUGGUCAACAAGGCUUCGCUGUGCACCAGGAAAUCAUGUAUGCAGAGUAUCGUGGCUCAACUGGAGUGCGAGAGCGAGGACAUCCAGCAGGUUGUUGCCAGCAUCCUGAGAAACCUGUCCUGGAGAGCCGACAUCAAUAGCAAGCGGAUCUUGCGUGAGGUCGGAAGUGUGAGCGCUUUGAUGCGAUGCGCUCUGAAGGCUAAAAAGGAAUCCACGCUUAAGAGCCUACUGAGCGCAUUGUGGAACCUGUCAGCCCACAGCACAGAGAACAAGGUGGCAAUCUGCUCAGUGGAAGGUGCCCUGAUCUUCCUGGUGGCUACGUUGACUUACAAGUGUCAGAGCAAUUCUCUCGCCAUCAUUGAAAGCGGAGGGGGCAUCCUCCGCAACGUUUCCAGCCUCAUUGCUACCAACGAGGAGUACAGAGAAAUUCUCCGUGACCACAGCUGCCUACAGACUUUGUUGCAGCACCUGAAGUCCCACAGUCUGACCAUCGUCAGCAAUGCCUGCGGGACCUUGUGGAACCUGUCAGCUCGGAACUCCAGAGACCAGGAGCUGCUGUGGGACCUGGGAGCGGUCAGCAUGUUGAGGAACCUCAUCCAUUCGAAGCACAAGAUGAUCGCGCUGGGGAGCGCUGCAGCCCUGAGGAACCUCCUAACCAACCGGCCGGCAAAAUACAAGGACACCAGCAUGAUCUCGCCAGGCUCCUGCUUGCCUUCCCUGUACAUGAGGAAGCAGAAAGCCCUGGAGGCCGAGCUGGAUGCGAAGCAUUUGACGGAGACGUUUGACAGCAUUGAGAAACUCAGCCCAAAGCAUCCCAACCUCAACAAGCCCCUGAGACACAUCGAAAGCUUAGUCAAGGAUUACGCCUCGGAUUCGGGGUGCUUCGACGACGACGAGGGACCCAAUGUGUCGACUGGCUUGGAAACGGGAGGCCUGACCGUACUCUCUAUGUACCUGAACUCUUCUUUUCUACAGGGACAGGCCAUGUCCAGGAACCGGAGCGUUGGGAGAUGCGCGGAGGCAGAGAGGGAUCUCGAGGUGAAGCAUUCGGAUCUGCAGAAGUUCAGCGCCGCUCCUGACAACGUCUCCGUGGCAGCAGAACGCCUGGUGAACCAAAUCUCCACCACCGUGGCUCGAAUUGACAAGCUGGUCGAGGACGUGUCCAACAUGCACACAUCCUCCGAGGACAGCUUUAGCCUGAGCUCCGAAGACCAGUGCAUCGACUGGCAGUGCGCGCUGGACGACUUGAGCGAGCACAGGGCAAAGUCUUCCUCCCCCUGUCGUCUCUCCGACGCUAUUAACGCCAACAAACGCGAGAAUACCAGCAAAGCACGUACUUUCCUGGGUGCAAGAACGGGAUACGCAAACCUAUCGAACGAUAGUCUGCAUUGUCUCAAUAGCACGGGUGAGGGCGAAGGUCAAGUAAACUCGUCUAAAGAGUCCUCAAUUGUAGAUCAGCACAGUGAACUUCAUCGGUUCCAGAGGAGACCGACCAAUCUGGACCUGAACAACGGGGAGAACCGCAAUCUGGACAAGAACGCUCUUCGUACGUACGUUGUAGAGGAUUGCGGCGCACAGCCGAGCCGUAGAGAAUCCCAAAACAUUUGGAAUGAAGUCUGGGGCACAACCAAACUGAAUGAGAAAUUAGAGAAAAGACUUUCUCCCUUUCAUCAAAGGAAUUCCCAGAUUGCAGCCCCAAUGAGGAACAAUCUGGCACCUCAUCCCGACAACACUCUAACACCGCAGAGUCUGAGCGGUAAGAAGCAGGUGUGGGCUUAUCAGACAAGCUUGAGCCCAGGUAUCCUAAGCACCUCUGGCUCCACUCCGGGUUCCACUGAUCAAGAAUUGUUACGGAGCUACUGUGUGGAAGACACUCCCAUUUGCUUCUCGAGAUGCAGCUCACUCUCCUCUUUGUCGUCCGCCGAGAAUGUUCAGGAACUGCAAACAGGCAGCGGGAACGAUAGCGAUUCGUCUCUGGAAAUCAUAGUACUGGAAGAUAAAGAGGCGUCUCAGGCUACAGAAAAGAUGGAGAAUCACGAUGCCUUUUCCUCGAAAGAAAUGCCGAUAAAAUCCAGAAACCAUCCAUUGAUUGGUGCGUCCCAACCCAUAGAGAUUCCUUGCCCAAAGUUUGACAAAUUGUUCAUGAGGGACAAGAUUACUUCUCAACUUGUGGACACGACUCCGUCAAGCCCAUCAGAUAACUAUGUUCAAGAGACCCCACUGGUCUUAAGCAGGUGCAGCUCAGUCAGUUCCCUUGGAAGUUUUGAAAACCCGUCCAUCGCAAGUUCCAUUCAGAGCGACCCUUGUAGUGAGAUGAUAAGUGGAACCAUUAGUCCCAGUGACUUACCCGACAGUCCUGGGCAAACCAUGCCUCCGAGUCGGAGCAAAACCCCAUUGUUUGAGCAGUCGGAAAAAGAAGGGAGUCAGGCCAACGCACAAUGGGACAUUGAUCUGAAGAAACACAUGGACAUCAAUGACUUUAAGGAACGGUUCCACCUUCCUCCAGACAUCGACACCAUGCUGUACUUCACCUUGGAGAAACCCAACGAGAACUUCUCGUGUGCUUCGAGCCUGAGCGCGCUCACUCUUCACGAACCGUAUGUCCAGAAGGACAUCGAGCUGAAGCUGAUGCCUCUCCUGCAGGAGAAGAACCGCUUUAACUGCAUCGCUCACGAGAAGGGAGAGGACCCCAAUGAGGAGCUGAUACUGGAUGGGCUGGGGAAAGCCGACAAGCUCGACUGCAUCCUGGAAAACUCUGACGACGACAUUGAGAUCUUGAAGGAGUGUAUAAAUUCUGCAAUGCCAACUCGAUUUCGGAAGGUCAAGACCUCCCUCAUAUCUGGUCUAUCAACUCAAGUGUUGGGCUCUCAAUGCCAGAAGUCUCUACAGCUGCCUGUUUACAUGCUGCUUCCCACUCAUUCCCAAUUGGAGUUUUCUGAGCAAUGCAAGCCAAAGAAUGACGAUUCCUCGUACUCGGAUUCUUUCGAAGGAACGCCCGUCAAUUUCUCCAGUUCUGCCUCCCUCAGUGAUGAAACCUUAGAGUACCCGCAGAAGGAUUCAGUCAAUCACGGACCUAUAGUGACAGAGAGGAGAGAGUUAGCGCCUGCAGAAGGGCAGAACACUGAUGACCUAGAGAUUCCCAUCGCUGUAAGAAUGCACGACAGGAGUCUCGAACAAGGGAAAGGCUACAAGUCAAAUGCGAAUGAAAUGAAACUCAAUUACCCCAGUUCAGGGCCUUUCGCUGAAUCGCGAGUGCUGAACCUCACCCAGAAGGAGGUGUUGAAGAGGAAUCAGAGCUUCCUGUCUCCACAACCGUCUCCGAGCCACAAGGCUCAGGGCCGUGCUUUUCAGCCAGGGUUGCUCGCGAACGCCUCCAGAAAGGAGCAGACUGUGUUGAAACACGUGGAGUUGAAGGGAAAACGAACCGUCUGUAAGAGUUCGGAAGAGCUCUAUCAGAGGCCGGAGAGCUCCUUCGGAGAGAACAUUCACGGAAGUUACGCCUUCCAGUCCAUACCUCACACCACACCCACCGAAGAGGCCGUCUAUUGCUUCUACGAAAACGACUCGUUCGAUGUGAUGGGGCUCCCGACAGACACGGCGAAGAAAAAAACGGAAACCAAGAACGAGCGCGACAAGAUGGCUGGCCAGAACUCCGGAGUGCCACGGAAGGAGGCAGAUCCCAACAGCAAAGCGAGCGCUCGGUUCAGGAACCCGGGCGUGGCCGGCAAAACUGAACGGAACCUGAUAACGGAUGAAACACCCGUUUACUUUUCCCUCAGCUCCUCGUUGAGUUCGCUGAGCGACGUGGAAUUGGAAGACGGUCUCGGAAGGACACGAAGAGCGUUUGUAAAGUCUAAGCGACAACAGGGGAAAAAGUGGCUGAGUUCCACAGCUGCUUCCAAGUCAUUCCAUUCUGGAUGUUCCUCCUUAGCCACGACCAGGGACUCGUCGCCUAGUUCCUGGAGUUACGAUUCAGAAGACGACCUCCUUCAGAAGUGCAUCAGUUCAGCGAUGCCAAAGAAGAAAAGGCAGUCGUCGAGACGAAAGUCCGAGAGGUCCGCAAAGCAAAGCCUGAAAGGCAACACUGGUUUAAAUGUGGCUUGGGAUUUGGAGCAAAGGAAUGAUACUAGAAGAGAACGUUGGAGCUCGAUGUCAGACCUCACCUCUCCUGACCUGGAAAGUUUCGAGUGGAAAGCUAUUCAAGAAGGCGCCAACUCAAUAGUUACCAGCUUGCACCAGGCUGCCGCUUGCCUGUCGAGAGAACCCUCCUCCGAAUCGGAUUCCAUCUUAUCGUUUGUGUCGGGUUUGUCUAUCGGAUCAACUCUCCACUUCACGCUGGAACGGAAAGACAAACAGAGGAGCCAGAAAGAACAGGCGUGUAAAACGGAAGCUGCGGGCACUGGUAAAGUAGGGAAGACGUUGAAUGAGAGUAAAGUAACUGGGAAUAAAUCCAACAGUGUCGACAAAGGUUCGAUCGCACCAAAACAGCCGACUCGGGCAGUGAGCUUACCGGUGGUGUUCAGGGGAAGGACAGUGAUCUACAUGCCAGACAUGUUUAAGAAAACGACCACCGCAACUCCUUCCGUGAAGAAGGCCCCACUCAAGAAUAAUACUCCUUCCAAAAAUCCCAGCCAGACAUUCAGAUCCAGGAGUUUGCAUAGACCAGGGAAGACAACAGAAAAGGUGGACGCUAGUUUACCGAAAAGAAGCGCGACUCCACCAGCGAGGAUAGUCCGAGGACCUUCCAGAGGAUCAUCGAGGAACUCAACACCCUCUAGACAACCGCAGAAGACCGUAACUGUACCGGCACAGGCCACUAAACCAGUGACACUCACUGGACAGAAUAUUAGCAAGAAACCGAGGUCUCAGGUGAACUCUACUCCCUCCACCCCAAGUGUCAAAUCCCCGGCUUUGGGGAAACAGUUGCGUAAAUCUCCAGUUCAAACAUUGACCAAGCAAGCGGCCCCAGCGAAGAAAGUGAGUUCGUUUCAAAAGAAUGAGCCCACACUUCACAGCAAGAGUCAAAGUGCGAAGAGGAUUCUGCCCCCAAAUAGGUUGGAUUUGGUCAGGAUGUCAUCCUCCAAGUCCAGUGGCAGUGAAGGUGACAAGUCCAACUUUGUCAGGCAGUUGACAUUCAUCAAGGAAUCUUCGAGUUUUCUAAUGAGGCAGAAGUCUGAAGUUUCUUCCUCCGAAUCCAUGUCGUCCUUGUCUCAGUCCGCGUCCCCACGCAGGAGCAAGUCGGAUUUUCAGACCACCUUCUUGCGAUCUUCUCGGUACCAAGAGCUGAAAGUCACCAAACCAGCCUCUGGCCAGCGUGCGAAUCAGCUCAAAAACGAGCGGGUCGUGGAAGGACGCAGAAAUGACAAGGCGUUGAGGAGGCCUAGUUCGGAAAGCCCCUCCAGGCUGCCUUUGAAAAAUGGUUCCUUGAGGAAACACGAACAUUUCAAAAGGUAUUCGUCCUCCCCUCACAUCAAUGUGUUCCAGAGAGCAGCCAGUACGUCCUCUGUGUUCUCCGUGUCCUCGGAUUCUAGUGACAAGACGAGGAGCGAAGAAGACCCUCGAAGUAGUCUAACGAUUGAAGAGGAAAAGGAACAAGUGCAAAACAAUCAACCGAGCUUGAAAGGAACGUGGCGAAGAAUCAAAGAUGAAGACAUCCCUUAUCUUCUCAGCAACUCGUUUCCGCCUUCAGCGAUGCCCUUGGUAACUGAGACAUCGGAGACUGAGCAAAUGUCAGGCAAGGGAGAUGCUGUGGAAACGAGAACCAGUGACGCGUUUGUGCAAACUGAAGACUUCUCCAUUGCAAAAACAAACUCAAGCACGUCACCAACAUUGGACCCAGUGCCUCUCCUCACACAAGCCAUGACCAGGAAUGCCACCAACAGACUAUAUCUAGGAAAGAGCACAGGCACUGUGUACAGUUUGUAUUCGGAAAAUGAACAAGAACUUGACUCAGCGCUGCCAAUCAGGAACAAUGUGGCCGCUGUGCUUGAGAACGAGAGCCACGCUAACGUUACCGGACACUUGCAAUUCAGCUCGAGUAGACAUGGGUCUCCGAGCAGGGCAGCCCGCGUCACCCCCUUCAACUACAUACCGAGCCACAAGACCAGCUCAGACACUGGGUCUCUCCGAGCACCUAUUGCUAAUGAAAGAUCUGCAGGGAAAAUCCAAGGCUGAAAGCCAUUCUGACCAUUUUGGGCUACUCGUGCUUGAAAUAUUUCACUGCUUCAUAGCACUAACUUGCAGAGUGGUUAAACCCAUGGAACGACAUUCUUAUAGACUAAAUUCAACACAGCCUUAAUUGGGUACAGAAUGCUGAUUGAAAACAAGACCAGUUUUGGCGCAAAAGUCAUCCAAUUUAGUUCAGUCACACGAUUCUAUGACUAUUGUUUGACUUUGCGAGGUGAGGCAUCUCCUGCAAACCCUCAAGAACUCAGUGUGUACAUGUUUGUUCUAUAUGCUAAGUUCACAGCAGUGAAUGACGGUACAGGUCUACGUGACGUGUAACCGAACUUAAGACAACUUAUUGCUCUAAAGAUCCGCUUUAUUAGUGUAACAAUUAGUCAAAUUUUAAUUGCAUUUAUGUGGCUCCAGUUAUGGUUCCGUAGGGUGCUUUUCGAAUCUGAGCUAAGUGAGUUGAUGAUCCCACGAGUUCUCCUGCAAGAAGCAAGACAAAAACGUGACCAGUUUUGUUGCAAAAGUGUGUUCCUAUUAGCUAAGCAAACCGCAGUUGCGAUGUGACGGGUCUGUGACAAUUAAUGGAGUCCCCGGACAAAGAUCGCUGCCCUAUUUCCCACUUACGAUCCAGUUUGGAAUAUGCUUAGCCUAAGGAGAAUGUUAAACAAUUAAAGCUUACUCUACACCCCCGUUAUUGAUUGCUGGAGUGUUGGCCAAUACUCCCAGACUUCUAUACGGUUUGCCGUUGGGCCGUUAAGCAUUGGAGAGGCAGGCUAGGUGGGUGAGCACCCUGUUGAUGCAUCAUCGCAGAGUUACCGCAGGCUGUUGUUCUCUUCCUGUUGCAAUUCCUGUGACCCCCAAAUAUUUGCAUUAAAAGGAAUGGAAAUCUAUAGCGUCGCCGGUCACAUACUCAGAAACGGGGCAAAAUCUUUGAAAAGAGAUGCUGCCUCUGUCGGCCUGACCAGAUGACACGAUUUUCUUUCUUAGAACUUCAUACGUGUGAGAAAUUUGCCUGACGUUGAUUGGGAUUCGGUUGACACCAUUUCUGGUGUCUGGACCAAAUGAAGGGCUGGCAGUCCACUUUCCUCUGCUGGCUACAAGUGUCGUGUGAGAAAUGGUUGUUCCGAUCCUGCCACAGUGAGACAUUCCUGCCCACAACGUGGCACAAACUGGCAGCCUUACCCAGAGCAGCCACGGUGAGAAUAUCAGUUGUCUUGUUGGAAUUUCCAACGUCUUGCUGGUACGGCCUUAAUUUGGGAGUUAGUUCUCUGGAAGUUCCUUUGAGAACUAACUACAGGAAACUACAGACUUCAAAGUUAAGAGUCAAUUCUACAAUUUGGGAGAAUUCUCCCCAAACUUUUGUGCCAAAGAAAAGAACAACAUUUAAUGUUUUCUUUGUGCAGUGAGUGACCGGGGCGAGUUUUAAAGCGUCACUUGGUGCCAGAGAGUGGGAAUGUUCCUAUCUAUUGUCCUGCUAAUUUUUUUCCACAAUAAUAGCUAAAUGUUUGAACUUUAUUAAUAGCUAUUGUAAUGGAGGGAGUCUGAGGAUGAGCGAGAAGAGUGACAUUUUCCCCUUAGAUGGCAAAUUCCACAAAGGCAACUCAUUAAGAAAAAUGCAGUUUAAGUUAAUUUAAAAAUAGAAUAAGUAUCAUUUUAAUUACUUGAAAAGCCUUUGGCUUUCACCCUGACAUCCACACUGUGUAGUGUUACCGGAGAAUACUGUCCCUUUAAAGCCACCCAUGCUUCAGUAGUAUUAGGGGCAAAUGAACAAGCCAUUUAUGUAUGUAUCUAUGUUCAGCUAAAGUAGUUAAGUUUGUAGUUAAUGUAAUUAAACACUGCUUCACUGAAUAUCAAUUAAUACAAAGCACAGAAGGACAUAUAAAUAUAUUUGCCGCAAUUUUUAUAUACUUUAUAUAUAAAUGAGCGGGUCACUUUAAUUUUAUUGAAAUGCUAAAUUGGCGAUUUGUUGCCGACUCCACAGCAGAUCAUUGGAAGACAGACCGCACUUGCGUUUUGAUCGUACAUUCACCCGAGUCCCAUUCAGUUUCCUAUCAGAACACUUGGGU